GGAGCCGGGGCGCGGGGUGGUUCCGAGCCGGGCUUCCCAGGACCGGGCUGGACGGGCGGCUGCGGCCAAGGCGCCCCGUUCUCCCGGACGGACGUGGCGGGGCCGAGGCCCCUGCGCAGCGCGGGACCGAGCCCGCCACGCAGGCGCCGCGCCCGCCGCCAUUGUUGCCCGCGGCCUCUCGGGCGGCUCGGCCGCAGGUCCGGCCUCAGGGUCUCUUAGCCAUCCCUGCAAGUUCUGGACUCAGAGUUUGUAAGGAAGACUGCUAACUCUACCUUGCCUCUGUCCCGCCCCUGGCUGCAGCAGCCCUUGGUCAAUGUCUCCGUGGCUCUAGCAUGUGAUUUCAAGCACUUGGCUCACUCCUGGAGAAAUAAGGCUGUUGCCAGGUUGACUCUCCUGUCUGUAGCCAUGUUUUCCCCAAGCAAAAGGACGGCCAGUUCUUCACGUGCCCAAGUCCUUCUAAUGUGGAAGCCAGACAAGGCUCAGAAUGGACCCCGCAACACCGAGAGGGAAAUCCUUGCCUCAAGACUUCUGCGUGACACUGAGACCUGUCGGCAGAAUUUUAGGAAUUUUUCAUACCCAGACCGGGCUGGUCCUCGAAAGGCAUUGAAUCAGCUCCGAGAGCUCUGCCUUAAGUGGCUGAGACCCGAGAUUCACUCAAAGGAACAAAUCCUGGAUCUGCUGGUUCUGGAGCAAUUCCUGAGCAUCCUGCCCGGGGAGGUUAGGACUUGGGUGAAGUCCCAGUACCCAAAGAGCAGUGAGGAAGUGGUGACUCUGGUGGAGGAUUUGACUCAGAUUCUGGAGGAAGAAGCUGCUUCUCAGAACUCCACAUUUUCCCAAGAGACCGCAGAGGAAGGCCCCAAAGGAAAACAAGUUUUCCAGGCAGGGUGGCUCAGUGACUUGGUGGCCAAAGAGUCGGUGACGUUCACAGAUGUGGCUGUGGACAUCACUCGGGAGGACUGGGAGCUCAUGCGUCCGGUGCAGAAGGAGCUGUAUAAGACGGUGACACUGCAGAACUACUGGAACAUGGUCUCUUUGGGACUUACCGUGUACAGACCGACUGUAAUUCCCAUAUUGGAAGAACCAUGGAUGGUGAUAAAGGAAAUUUUAGAAGGCCCUAGUCCAGAAUGGGAAACAGAAGCCCAACAGUGUCCUCCAGUGGAAAAUGUUUCUAAACUCACAAAGGGUGGAGCCAAGACCAUCAAGCUGGAAGAACCCUGUGACCAUGAUGACAGAUGGGGGAGGCAAGCGACAGAAACCUUCAGGAGAAUUCCUGCCAGCAAGAGGGAUUUUGGUUUGAAGUCAGUCUCCUCACAGGAAGAUGAUCCUACAGAAGACUAUAAGUACGAUAUUUAUAGAAGUAAUUUUGAAAAGCAUUCAAACCUAUUUAUACAGUUUGGCACCCAAUCAGAUGAUAAAACUUCUGUGUUUGAUGAAGACAAGGCCACCUUCAGCCACGUCUCUUGUGGCAUUGUACACAGAAAAAUAUAUCCUGGAGAGAAGCCGUAUAAGUGUAAUGUGUGUGGGAAGAAGUUUAGGAAGUACCCGUCCCUCAUCAAACACCAAAGCAGCCAUGCCAAAGAGAAGUCUUAUGAAUGUGAAGAGUGUGGGAAGGAGUUCAGACACGUCUCGUCCCUCAUCGCGCAUCAGAGGAUGCACACUGGAGAGAAGCCCUACGAAUGCCACCAGUGCGGGAAAGCCUUCAGCCAGCGUGCACACCUCACCAUCCACCAGCGGAUCCACACGGGAGAGAAGCCCUACAAGUGUGACGACUGUGGGAAAGACUUCAGCCAGCGUGCACACCUCACCAUCCACCAGAGGACGCACACUGGAGAGAAACCCUACAGGUGCUUGGAAUGUGGCAAAACCUUCAGCCACAGUUCAUCGCUGAUUAACCACCAGAGGGUUCACACGGGAGAAAAACCUUAUAUAUGCAACGAGUGUGGGAAAACCUUCAGCCAGAGCACACACCUCCUGCAACAUCAGAAGAUACACACGGGGAAGAAACCAUAUAAAUGCAAUGAGUGUUGGAAAGUGUUCAGUCAGAGCACCUACCUUAUUCGACAUCAGAGAAUCCAUUCUGGAGAGAAGUGUUACAAAUGCAACGAAUGUGGGAAAGCCUUUGCUCACUCCUCCACUCUGAUCCAACACCAGACCACUCACACUGGGGAGAAAUCCUACAUCUGCAAUAUCUGUGGGAAAGCCUUUAGCCAGAGUGCAAACCUCACCCAACAUCACAGAACACAUACUGGAGAGAAACCCUACAAGUGCAGCGUGUGUGGGAAAGCCUUCAGCCAGAGCGUACACCUUACUCAGCACCAGCGGAUUCACAAUGGAGAAAAGCCCUUUAAAUGCAAUAUAUGUGGGAAAGCCUACAGACAGGGUGCAAACCUUACUCAGCAUCAAAGGAUCCACACCGGAGAGAAACCCUAUAAAUGCAACGAGUGUGGGAAAGCCUUUAUUUAUUCGUCGUCACUUAAUCAGCAUCAGAGGACUCAUACUGGAGAAAGGCCCUAUAAGUGUAGCGAAUGUGACAAAGAUUUUAGCCAGAGAACAUGCCUUAUUCAACACCAGAGAAUCCACACUGGAGAGAAGCCCUACGCCUGCCGUAUAUGUGGUAAAACCUUCACCCAGAGCACAAACCUCAUUCAGCACCAGCGUGUUCAUACAGGCACCAGACAUCGUAACUGAUGCACAUGGGAGACUCCGUUUGGGUUUUAAAACUCAGUCGUUUUGAAUUCUAUUUUGUAUUCUGCAUGUUAAAAACAUUAUUCAAAAGAAGUGCAAUAUGGGUGAGACUUUCACUCAGCAGAACUAUCAGCGUCGGUGAUAUGGAUAUAACCUAUUUAAAUGUACUGUGAAAUUUAAGAAGAAAAUAUUCACUUCUUAACCUUUGACACCAGUUGAAUUCAUUCCAGAAAGAAACCCUAGGAAAGUAAAAGUACUCAAAAACCUGUAACUCAUCAGCUCUUCCCGUGUUUCAAGUAUUUCUCAAGGAGGCCUUAGGAAUGUAACUUGGGAAAGCUUCCAUCCAGUAGCACUUUCACACCAGAGAGUAAUCCCGGGGUAACAGAAAAGAAAAAUCUGCUUUCAGGCCUUUAGUUCUUCCCAGCUUCGAAGCCUUAAAUAUGUAAAGGGUCCCUUCCACCUUUUUGCUUCCCUUUUCCUAUUAUGCCAUAACUUCCAUGUGGAGCCAGUAGGUUUGAACAAAAAACAAAAAUAGUUGAAAGUAUCAACGAUUUCUAUGUGACCACUGUUUAAUUACACCUUCCUUUAAGUACUGAAACAUUGAAGGAAGAGAAGCUUAAUGAAGGAUGAUCUGUUAGGAGAAACUGUGUCUAUAAUCCUUAGACACAUGCAGAUUUAAACAGGCAAAAGUUAAACACCCAAGUUUAAUAUUUAAAACAUAUUAGCCUUAGUUUCACUAGGUUUUGACAAGUGUCAUCCAGAAGGAAAAAAAUAAGAAUACAAUUCCUUUUUUCCCCCACUUGAUUCCAAAAUUCGUACCUAAGAUUCCUCCAUGACUGUCUUACUGUGGAAAGUGUAUUUCUUCCUUUGAAACACGUUUCUUGAGUGUCUGCUGUGCUCAGGGCCCAAACUUCCUAAUUGGAUCCUUUCAGGGCCUAAAGGCUGAAAAUCACAGCUGAUUUAAGCAACAGAAAGCUUUCUAAAGUAAUGAAAGGUAACAAAGUCGAGGACGUGACCUUAACCAGCACAGCAUGGAAUGAACAUAAGAAACCUGCUAAAAUGGGUAGCCACAUGCAACCCCGUUACCUUACAGAAGUAAUGAAAGCAGCUGUUUAACCAGUAUGAGGAAAAAAUAAGUAGUGGAGAGUAGGUUUGAGUUCAGUGCAGAAAGUGGGUCAGGAAAAAAUUGAAGACUUAAGGGUGAGGAAAGAGAAUACAGAGGCAACUGUUAGAACCGAAAUGUUACUGGACUUGGUUUACCUAAGAAAAUAAGAGCAACUACUUGAAUAAAAAAGCAAAAUUCAGCCUGUUUAUAAGAAGAAACUAAAACUGAAAUGACUGAUUUCAAAAGGAUAAUUGAAAUUGGUACUCCUCGUCCAUGUAAGUAACAUAGCGAUUACUCUUAAAAUAACAGGGAAAAAAGUUUCAUUGGAAAAAGCAUUGAUGCAGAAACUGUCAUUGAUGCAGUAAUUAUUCAGUGAUAAUAACUGAGUUUGUGGGGUCCCAAACAGCAUGAAAGGAAAACUGGGAGAAACGCAAAUAGAAACGGGUGAAAACACUCUUGUAUUUACUGUCUGCAGCAAUGCACUCUCAGAACCUGAGGCUGUGUUCUGAGAGCUGCCCUUUCCUUUUGCUCGUUUCUUUCUUUCAGUGCCUUGCACGUGGUAGGUGGUCAAGAGGUGUUGGUUGAAUUAACGAAUAAAUAAGUAGUCAAGUUAGACUUGAGUGAUGAGGUAGAAGUGACUGGUAAUGGAGUGAAAUGGGCCAAAUUUUAAAUACUUUUUGGUACAUACGUGCAAAGAAAUAUUUAACAAAUAUCAGCCAUUUGUUAGUAACAGGAACUACUCAGAAGUGAAGAAUCAGAACCCCCGGAUCUUAACAAUGGUGAUAUUCCUAAAACAUCAUGGCACAUCUUCGCACAGGAAGUUGUCCUGCGCUAGGUGAGGAGGACCUGAUAUAAACUCUGGGGCCAUAAAUACCAGCUUAAGCACAUGUUGACCAUGCAGCUUCAUUUGGACGUUGGAAAGACCUGAUGGGGGUGGGGGUGAAGAACCUGGGGUGCCAGCAUCUUCAGGGCCCUCUGGGUGAGUGUUUUCUUCAGGAAGUUGCUUUCCCUCAUCCUCCUCAUAGUUAACCUCUAGGUCACGGAAUCAUCCUUCACAAAGUGCAGAGUUUCUCCAGGUUGCAUAAUACAUUAUGCUUAUGCCAUAAUUAUCAUGUUAAAAAAUAACCAUUGUAUUAAAGAUGCAGUUUUAUAAUAGCACUUCGUACCUUACACAACACCUUUUCUCCUGGAAUGAGUGUGUGGAGUGUUACAAUCCAUAGAGCCUUUCUUUGCAUUAAUUUUAUUUCCUACCUUUGUGUGUUUUAUGUAAAUAAUGCAUUUACAAGGUCUUCCACUGAAACACUGAGGCAGUUGAUGCCCUUAUAAAGUAACAAUAAUAAUAAUAGUAGAGAAUCCUAGAUCUUUGUGUUUUUCCCACUUUUACAGUUGUCUGUCCCACGCUUUGAAGUUUUUUUAACAAGUAGCCUUAUUUUCAACUUUUUAUUAUGAAAAUGUUCAAAUAUACAGAAAAGUUAAAUAAUAAUAAAAUGAACUAUA